AACCUUGGACAGUUGACCACAUAGGCAAAAUAGCUGCCAUGCCCGUGCCAAGGCAAGCUGAAAAGCUGUUGCAUAUAUUGAACAAAACCACCACGGCAUCACUCUCCCAAGCGCAUCAAGCCCACGCCCAUCUCCUCAAAACAGGCAUUUCCAGUGUCCCUCGUCACACCACUAAGCUUCUCUCACUCUACGCCAAUCACCAAUGCUUUUCCGACGCAGAAAGUCUACUCAAUUCAUUUUCAGGACCCGAUCUCUUCGCUUUCAGUACUCUUAUUUAUGCUUAUACGAAAUUCAAUGAAUUUAAGCGGACGUUGAAAUUGUUUUCUGAAAUGUUUUGUGAUGGGCUUUUUCCUGAUGCCCAUAUUUUGCCCAGUGUUAUUAAGGCUUGUUCUGGAUUGUCGGUUCUUGAAAUAGGGAAACAAGUUCAUGGGUUUGGUUUGACAUGUGGACUUACUUUAGAUUCUUUUGUCGAGUCAUCUCUUAUACAUUUUUAUGUGAAGUGCAAUGAACUUGUUGAUGCUCAUAAAGUGUUUGAUAACAUGGUUGAGAGGGAUAUGGUUUCUUGGAGUGCGUUGGCUGCUGGGUAUGCAAGAAAAGGGGAUGUUGUUAGUGCGAAAAAAGUGUUCGAGGAGGGGAAGAAACUGGGAUUUGAGCCGAAUUCAGUGUCGUGGAAUGGUAUGAUUGCGGGUUUUAAUCAGAGCGGCUGUUUCGUGGAUGCAGUUCUCAUGUUUCAUGAGAUGCACUUACGCGGUUUUAAGUCUGAUGGCACUAGUAUCUCUAGUGUUCUUCCUGCAAUAGGUGACUUGAGGGAUUUAUAUAUAGGCAUUCAGGUUCAUGGGCAUCUGAUCAAGAUGGGGUUUGGAGUGGAUAAGUGUAUUGUUAGCGCACUUAUUGAUAUGUACAGCAAGUGCGAAUGUGCUCCAGAGAUCUCACAAGUGUUCGAAGAAAUGGAUCUAGUGGAUUUGGGUGCUUGCAAUGCAUUGAUUUCUGGGCUUUCACGAAAUGGUCUCGUUGAUAAGGCAUUGAACAUAUUUAAAGAAUUUCAGGGCCAGAGGAUGGAACUGAAUGUCGUUUCAUGGACUUCCAUGAUUGCUUGUUGCUCACAGCAUGGUAAAGAUAUUGAGGCUUUGGAGCUUUUCAGAUCAAUGCAGGUGGCAGGGGUAAAACCAAAUUCUGUAACCAUUCCUUGUGUGCUACCCGCUUGUGGCAAUGUAGCAGCAUUAACACAUGGGAAGGCUGCACACUGCUUCUCUCUCAGAAGGGAGUUUUUUGAUGAUGUGUAUGUGGGCAGCGCGAUGAUUGACAUGUAUGCCAAUUGUGGACAGAUACAAAUAGCUCGGUGCUGUUUUGAUAGGAUGCCUGUGCGCAAUGUGGUUUCUUGGAACGCAAUGAUGGGUGGAUAUGCAAUGCAUGGAAUGGCGAAGGAAGCUAUUCAAAUCUUUCACCAGAUGCAGCAGAGUGGGCAGAAACCUGACAUUGUUAGUUUCACUAGCCUCUUAUCUGCAUGUAGCCAAAGUGGCCUUACAGAUGAAGGGCAUCGUUACUUUGAAAGCAUGUCUAGGGAUUAUGGUAUCGAAGCUAGAGUGGAGCAUUAUGCUUGCAUUGUAAGCCUUCUUGGACGUGCUGGAAAGCUUGAAGAGGCUUAUUCUAUAAUCAGGAAAAUGUCAUUUGAGCCUGAUGCUUGUGUCUGGGGUGCUUUAUUGAGUUCUUGUAGAGUUCACCACAAUUUGAGUUUGGGGGAGGUUGCUGCCAAGAAAUUAUUUGAAUUAGAACCACAUAAUCCUGGGAAUUACAUUCUAUUAUCCAAUAUUUAUGCUUCUAAAGGGAAGUGGAAUGAAAUGGAUAAAGUUAGGAAUAUUAUGAGAGGCAAGGGGCUGAGGAAGAACCCUGGCUGCAGUUGGAUUGAGGUCAAAUACAAGGUGCACAUGCUUUUAGCAGGGGAUAAAUCACUUCCUCAAAUGGCCCAAAUUAUGAACAAGUUAAAUGAACUGAGCAUGGAAAUGAAGAAAUCAGGUUAUUUGCCACAUACCGGUUUUGUGCUGCAAGACGUGGAGGAACAAGAGAAAGAACAUAUCUUAUGUGGACACAGUGAGAAGUUGGCUGUAGUUUUUGGAAUUUUAAACACCAACGCAGGGUCUCCUCUCAGAGUUAUAAAGAAUCUUAGAAUUUGUGGAGACUGCCAUGCUGUUAUAAAAUUUAUAGCUACAUUUGAAAAGAGAGAAAUUUAUGUCAGAGACACAAAUCGCUUUCACCACUUCAAAGAUGGUGAAUGCUCUUGUGGGGAUUAUUGGUGAUUUCAGGAGCACCUAGUACAUCUGGUGCUUGGAUUGUAGUACCCCUUUUUACUUGAAGCUUCUUUGCCUGAUGAACUGAGACUCUCUGUUGAGCUUGUUAUCAAGGACGUCUGAUCCCAGAACAUCUCUCUUUGAAUCUUUAAAUGAGUCCACUCUAUCUGUUGAGCUUGUUACCAAGGACUUCUUGAUUCCAGAACAUCUGGCUUCGAAUUAUCAAUUGAUUUGCUGAUGUUGACCAGCAUUGGACAGCAGAGUACUAUUAUUGCAACCAAGCAUAGGCAUCCGUUCGAGCGAAUUUGUGCAAGGCAUUUCAAUAUCUCGACCAGGCCGGUUCGUAUGCAAGUAAUUCUCUGACUCCUCUCAAGGCAAUUAAGGCCGAGGUUGAAAAUCAACUUAACGAAAGAAUAAAAUACGUCAGAUCUGGUCGUGAUGAUGAAUACUAUGAUGGGUAUGAUGAAUCAGGAGAACAACAUUCAGGGCCUUUUGCGAAAUUCUUAGAAGAAUGUGGAAUCGCCCAACGCUACACCAGAAUCUCUCUAGUGUCAUCCCAUCAACAAAAGAAUACAAGAGAAAGCAUAUUGAAGAGCAGACCCAAUAGUUACAAUCAAGAAUCAAGAUGAAGGAAUUCAAGAAGCAAAAUCAAGAACAAGAAUCAAAGAAUCCAAUGAAGCAAAAUUCAAAAUUGAAAGCAAGAAACCAAUCAAGAAGGGAUUUCAGGUUAAUUUUCAAGAUUCAAGAUUCGGAAUCAAGAUCCAAUAAUAAAGAAUUAUUCUCAAAGAUUUAAGGUAUGUACGACAUUAUUAAUUUUCUUGGUGAUUUGACAUGGAGGAUCAUGACAAUAAAAGUAAUUAGAUUUUCAAGUUCUAAAGUUUCAUAAAGAUUCUAUAGUUGCAUUUUCUUCUUCUACUGUUGGCUUU